AUGAGACAGAGGCAGUGGUUAGAACUGAUCAAGGACUAUGACUUACAAAUUUUGUAUCACCCAGGGAAAGCUAAUACUGUGGCAGAUGCUUUGAGCCGAAAAUCAAUGGGAAGAUUAUCAUGUCUGCUUACUAGCCAGAGAGAACUGCUGUGUGAUUUGGAAAGGAAUGAAAUCGAGAUUGUGAUACGGGAACAGGGCGGAAUACUAGCCGCUAUCUCUGCAAAGCCUGUGAUCAUUGAAGAAAUCCGAGAAAGGCAACUUGAAGACGAGUACAUGAAAAAGAUCAUGGAAGAACUUGAUUCCAAGCCGAGACCAGGGUUUGUAUUUGAAAAUAAUGUGCUGAAAUUCCAGAACCGUCUUUGUGUACCUGAUUGUGGUGACUUGAGGAAACGUGUUAUGACCGAAGCCCACAACUUUCAAGGGAAUUGGGAGACUUACUUGCCAUUGGCCGAAUUUGUGUACAACAACAGCUACCACUCAAGUAUUGAAAUGGCGCCUUAUGAGGCCUUGUGUGGAAGGAAGUGUUGUUCUCUGAUAUGUUGGGCUGAAGUAGGUGACAGACCUUUGUUGAGGCCAGAACUUGUGCAAGAAACAACCGAGAAAGUGAAACUGAUACAACAAUGUCUGAAAACUGCGCAGAGUCGGCAGAAAAGCUAUGCUGAUGUCCGCAGGAGAGAUAGGGAAUACGAAGUUGGAGACCACGUGUUCAUCAAGGUGACCCCGAUGAAGGGUCAAACUCUGUUUGAUGUGAAAGGAAAACUGGCGCCAAGGUAUGUUGGACCUUACGAGGUUCUCGAAAAGAUCAAUCCGAUGUCGUACCGGAUAGCCUUACCUCCGUAA